AGAUGAAACUAAUAUAGAGUUAAAACCACCCUUGGAGUACAUCGCGCUCCAGGGUGUGUAUAAUCAUUAAGUAUUAGUGUGUAUUAUAAUUGGCUCUGUAGGUAUCCCAAGAAUGGAGCAAUCUUUGCCCAGUGACACAGCAGAGCUGUCUAACAACCUAGAGGAAUAUAAACGAAGGAGGUGUAAACUACAAAAUGGUAAUGAUAUUUCUCUAUACGACAUACUAGAGCUGGAACCAACAUGUGCGCAGUCAGACGUUCGCAAAGCGUACUAUCACUUUUCUCGUAUACUACAUCCAGACAAAUGUCAGGAUCAAUCGGCUACUUCGCUGCUAAAUGAUGUGCAAAUGGCCUACACAAUUCUUUGUGACGAUUAUAAGCGAGUGUUAUAUGAUAUAAAAAAUGGAUUCUCCACUGGAGACCAACUUCAAGCGCAAAUGUCAGCUCUGCAACAAGGCCUCAAGGAGAGAUACAUGCAGUUUCUCAAUGAGCGCCAAAUGAACUAUAUCGCAUCCGUUGGACAGGAGUACCGCCUUAGAGGACUGGUCAUACAAAAGGCUAUAUAUGGCGACCUUAGUCUCAAGGAACCUAACAAACUUGUCUCCAUGGAAACAAUUACUGAACAGCACCUUAAAGGGCCAUUUAUCGAUGUGACAGUGCAAUUGCAAUUGCUUUGUGCACGGGGUACAUUGAAUGUUAAUUCAGGUGGUCCCAUGUCAUAUGCGUUUCUACCAGGAUUCUAUAAUCCCCUAGAAAUAACAACGUCGGAUUUGAUGCCAUGCUUUGAGGUGGAUGCACAGCUCUACGUUCUAUAUUUGUUCAAGGGUGAUGUACAUGAAGUAACCAUAUCUGAUGGUACACCUUUCAAGCUUCCUAUGCGUACACAUAGGGUAUACGGCUCCUAUAUCAAGGGACCUUAUGCCGAUGGUAACCUUGCGGUACUUGUCCAUGGUGACUCUACACAUUAGGGUAAAAUGAAGUUAUGUGUAAU